GCGCGACAUCGCAACGCGACGCACAAGCAUCCCUAUUGAUCGCGCGCGACGUUGCAGGGUCUCGACUGCACUACUCGACCGUCGCACAGCAAACUACGCUCACGUCUCUCGGCUAUCAAACAAAUUAUUCAAUUCGGAGUGGAAAUGGAUGUCGAUCUAGUCGAUCCACUUGCCGAGCCUUGUGCCGUCUGCGGUGACAAGUCCACUGGAACACAUUACGGCGUAAUCUCGUGUAAUGGCUGCAAGGGUUUCUUUCGUCGUACGGUACUUCGUGAUCAAAAGUUCACGUGCCGCUUCAAACAUCAGUGCGUUGUGGACAAGAGCAUGCGAUGUGCAUGCCGAUGCUGCAGAUUCAAUAAGUGUGUUAGAGUCGGCAUGAAAAGAGAAGCGAUACAGUUCGAACGGGACCCAACCGGUGGUAGUCCAUCGAAGCGGUCCCGAGUGAGCCCGGCUCCUGGUCAGGAGCAAGCCACUGAGAACCAAACACCGGUUAUAGCAGCAUUAAUGGAUAUGGAACACAGGGUGAAUCAGGAGAUGUGUUCCCGUUACCGUAAUUCGGUCAUUCAACAACCCGCUAAUACUACGGGACUCAGUAGUGAUGGCGAACCAUCAACUUCGGCAUUCUCGCAGCCGAAUAAACCUUGUACGGCAGAGGAUCUCAAUGAGAUCUCGCGCACGACACUACUAUUGAUGGUCGAGUGGGCUAAAGCUCUCCAGCCAUUCCCUAAUCUCAUCAUGGAAGAUAAGAUUAUCUUGCUAAAGAAUUAUGCUCCACAGCAUUUGAUCCUAAUGCCAGCAUUCAGAAGCCCGGACACAACUAGGGUUUGUCUUUUCAACAACACCUACAUGAGCCGUGAUCAGUCCACGGAAUUGAAUGGUUUUGCUGCCUUCAAAACCAGCAAUAUUACGCCAAGGGUCCUUGACGAGAUUGUUUGGCCAAUGCGUCAACUUCAAAUGAGAGAAGAGGAAUUUGUUUGCUUGAAGGCCCUUGCUUUUCUUCAUCCUGAGGCGAAAGGGCUUUCACCUCAAAGCCAGACAUUGGUUAGAGAGGCACGGAACAGAGUUCUCAAAGCCUUAUAUGCCUUUAUUCUCGAGAACAACCGCGAUGAAGCGCCAACAAGAUAUGGAAACAUUCUGCUGUUGGCACCAGCACUGAAAGCUUUGACGCAGUUGCUUAUCGAAAAUAUGACGUUGACGAAGUUCUUUGGUCUUGCUGAGGUGGAUUCACUGCUAUCGGAAUUUAUACUGGAUGAUAUCAAUGAUCAAAGUGCUGCACCAGUAAGCCUACAAGCACAUCUUUCAUCUCCGACUACGCUUCCCAGUUCAAUAGCAUCCCAGAUCUCUCCACUGAGCGGGACGAACUUAAUGGUGAACUCUGAUGCAUCAGGAAGCACUGUGAUGACUAUACUGUAACAACUAGAGUGUAAAAAGAUAACGUAAAGAUGAAAUUCGGUAAAACGUGAAUGCACGUAAUUAGAUUAGAAGUGUUAUUCACGGGUCGUCAAGAGCAGAUGUGCUACCCGUACUAUGCUGAAGUCAGUCAAGCACUUAUGGCUAGAAUUGCACUGUUGGCUCCAGUGUGUCAGAGAUUGUGUAUGAAUGAUUGAUUACGAUGUCGUGACAUAUCAGUUAGUGACGUAGAUAUACUUGUAUUGUUGUUAGCCGUUGUACACUUUAAACUCACUACAAACUCACGGAAGUAUGCCUUAUAUACGGAAAUUUAACACUGCUGUUCAUUGCUGUAGUCAUAGAUUGUAUAGAUCGUCAUAAGUAAUCAUGUACCUCGUAUUAGAAAGGCAUUGUCACAACCUGGUCAGAGUAUAUAGAAAUUUUCGCAAAUGUAUAUCAAUAAAUUUCGCUUACUUUU